AGAACUGUUAUUUUUCUCCGAGUUUAGUCGAAGUGUUCUGCCAGAACACUGAAGCAGCGUCGUGUUCUUUUGUUCUUCUCUGGUGGCUGAAGAUGUCCACAGUUGGAAAGAUUCCUUCAAGCAUCGGCUGAUAUCUGCUUCCGACCAUCAUCUGCUGCCGAGUUUUCACGACAAAUUCAUCGGUUAUAAACGAGGGAUGGGACGAACGAGAAUCCUGCUGGAGAUGGAGACCGAGACAGCAGGACAGGGAAUCAGCAGAGUCCAGAAGCAGAAUAAUGAUGGAACCAUCAAAGAAGAAACAAAAGAGAGGGACAUCGCGAGAUGUGUACAUGUUAAGUCAGAAGCAGAUGGAGAUAAUUUUGGUGGAACAGAACCAGCUGACUGCCUGGAUGCACCACUCCUCCCUGACCACUUGAGGUCACUGUCUUCUGACUCUGACACUGAUGACAGCGCAGACUGGGGAGAAACCAGUGACAGUCAGUCACAUUCCAACUCUGUUGAGAAUCCCAGAGUUCAUGUGAAAGAGGAGACAGAUGAUGCUGAUCACGAGUCACUGACCUGCUCUGGAUGGGGGAAGAAAUGCCUGUCAGAGAUUGAACUGACUAGACAUAGGAAAUCCUGCCAUGGACCUUUAACUUGUUCCCUUCGUGGGAAAGGUCGUGGGACACGAAAAAAACUGUGGACUCGUAUGAGUGCAAAAAAACCUUUCACCUGCUCCCAGUGUGGAAGAUGUUUUUCACAAAAAGGUAACCUGAAAAGGCAUAUGAGAAUUCACACUAGAGAAAGAUGUUUUGUUUGCUCUCACUGUAGCAGUUGUUUUGAAUUUAAAAAUGGCCUAAUUGACCACCUGAAGCAGCACUAUGGGGAAAAACCUUUCAUCUGUUCCGAGUGUGGAAUAUGUUUUUCUCAGGAGGGCAACUUGAAAAUUCACAAGAAAAUUCACACUGGAGAAAAGCCUUAUGUCUGCUCCCACUGUGGAAAAUGCUUUACGCAUAAAAGUGAUAUGAAGAAGCACAUGAGAAUACACACUGGAGAAAAACCUUUUAACUGCUGUCAGUGUGGGAAAUGCUUUUCCAGGCUCGACAACCUAAGGAAUCACAUGAAAAUUCACAGUGGAGAAAAAUCCGUCAUCUGCUCCCAUUGUGGGAAAUGCUUUACUCUGAGAAGUGGCAUGACGCGUCACCUGAGAAUUCAUACGGCAGGAAAACAUGGAGCUGGUGACUCUGAAUGUCAGGAAGAGGAAUCAGCAGAGCAUGUUUGUAUGGUGGAGGGGGCAACACGCCUGUAUCUUCUUGAUGUCGAGGAGCUCAAUGGACGAGUGGAGCUCCGUUACGGACGGUGGAUUGCGAGGCAAAACAAAGAAGGAGCUGACGGGAGGAAAGAGCUGACUAUACUAGCAGCACCAGGAAUCAGGAGGGACCAGCCACUGAAUAUUGUUGGAACCUCCGAAGAAGAAACAAAAGGGAUGGACAACAUGGGAUACACACACGUUAAAUCAGAAGCAGACAGAGAUGAUUUUGGUGGAACAGAACCAGCUGACGACUUGGAUACACCUCUCCAGCCUGACCACCAGAGGUCACUGUCUAGUGAAUCGGACACUGAUGACAGUGACGACUGGGGAGAAACCAGCAAGACUCUGUCUGAUUCCAACACUGUUGAGGAUCCAAACAUUGAUGUGAAAGAGGAGGCUGAUGAUGCGGAUAACAAAUUACUGGUAUGCUCUGGUUGUGGGAAGAAAUGCUCCUCAAAUGCUGAACUGACUGGACACAAGAAAUCCUGCUGUGGGCCUUUCACUUGUUCGCUUUGUGGGAAUCGUUUUGACAAGAGAAAAGAACUAUGGAACCAUAUGAGACUUCACAGUGCAGCAAAACCUUUUAUCUGCUCCCAAUGUGGAAAAUGUUUUUCACAUAAAGGGAACCUGAAGAGUCACAAGCAAAUUCACAGUGGAGAAAAACCUUUUGGUUGCUCUGAAUGUGGGAGUUGUUUUACAUUCAAAAAAGGCCUGAUUGACCACAUGAAGCGCCACACAGGGGAGAAGCCUUUCAUCUGCUCCCAGUGUGGAAAAUGUUUUUCUCUGAAAAGCAACUUGAAAAAUCACAAGAAAAUUCACACUGGAGAAAAACCUUUCAUUUGCUCUCAGUGUGGGUCUUGUUUUAGGAGCAAAAGAAGCGUGAUUGAUCACAUGACUCAUCACACUGGAGAAAAACCUUUCAUCUGCUCCCAAUGUGGAAAGUGUUUUUCUCAGAAAAGCAGUCUGAAGAAUCACAUGAAGGUCCACACAGGAGAAAAACCUUUUGUCUGCUCCCAGUGUGGAAAAUGUUUUUCGCACAGUAGUGACGUGAAGAAACACAUGAGAGUUCACACUGGUGAAAAACCUUUCAACUGCUGUCAGUGUGGGAAACAUUUUUCACUGAGCAGCAACCUAAAGGAGCACAUGAGAAUUCACAGUGGAGAAAAGUCCUUCAUCUGCCCCGAGUGUGGGAGAUGUUUUACUCAGAAAGGUGGCCUCACGCGUCACAUGAGAAUUCACACUGGUGAGAAACCUUUCAUCUGCUCCCAUUGUGGACAGUGCUUUACAUUUUCAGCCUCUCUGAAUAAGCACUUAAGAAUUCACACUAGGAAAGAAACGUUAAACUGCUCCUAGUGUGAGAAAUGUCAGAUACUACACAUCUAAAUUGAACUCCGGAGAAAAGCAUGUCUUCGACACUAUGUGUGAUAUGCCAUCUGUGCAAAAAAAGGAAGCUGAACAUGCAUGUGAUCCACAUGUUGGCUGACUUUAUAGAAAGAUUCAUGUUGAAUUGCCUCCGAGGACGAUUUCGGUGGUGGGCAAUCGAAUUGCAAUUUUUUUGUGAAUGUUGUGAUUUUUGCUCAGAUUUUUCUUCACGAGGGAAAGUUCUUUUCUGCAUUAUACACUACGCACAAGCAUGUGUACCGAUUUGGUUCCAUGUUAAUAUGGAGUACUGUGGAUCGCUCCCGAAGGGAGUCAGUCGAUGGAAAACUGAACAGAUUCGGUCAGUUUUUGAAGUUCACCACACUCUAUGUGAACUUUGAGACGCUCUUUACAUCGAAGCAUCACCACGAUGAUGAGACCUGCACAUUUUGACAACACGCAAUCUCCUAGCGUGUCACACAUCAACUGUCUCAGGCGGACUUCUGCAUUGAAUCGUGUUGCAGGGGUCAGCUCACGGUGUUGCAUGUAGACGCAUUAGAUGGUUUUUUUAGGUUAACCUUUUCAUGCUUUUUUGGGAAUGACUUGUCUUCCUUAUCAUCUUUUUUAUUUUCAGUUUCUGUUGGGUUUUUUUUUCAUCUUCAAGCUAAUAGAGAUGAUGGUGCCUCUCAUUGCUGCUUUCCGUGCGUCCCAUAAUACUGAUGGUGACAUAUUUCCAUCAUCAUUGAUCACCAGAUCUUCAUUUUUCAAGUUAAUUUGUCAUAUCUCCACUAAGUACAUUCUCCAGUGUUAUUAUGAUUGUCUUGGCCCAGAUUAAGUUGAAGGAUAAUGGCUGCAUUUGAAAUAGGGAUCAGUUCUGUUAUUUUCACCACCCUAUAUGAGUCUUUUGACUCACAGAACAAAUGAAUUCUUGAAUGUUCUUGAGACAUGGAUUUUAAGGCCUUUUCAUUUGGGUGUCUGCAUGCCAACAAGACCCCACUUGCUUCAUUGACUCUAUCAAUUUUUUUCAUGUUCUCCUGGAGGUUUCAUUGCAGUUGGAUCUCUAUUUUAUUUAGUUUUAGUUAGUUUAUUUAUGACAGUUGUCUCUUCCCAUCAAAUAGGUGCCUUCACCUUCAUCAGCCGGUAGAUGAGGCAAAGAACUUGUACCCACUCACAUACUUUAAAUGAUCGGUUUUUGAAAGGUCUGUCCCUUCAUCCAUAACUAAUGUAAUUAAAACUACUUACCAAUGUU